AUGGAUAAUUUGGCUUGCCACGUGGGGCAAAGUAGUGUCGUGUUUUCAGUUAUAACUAAUAACGGUCUCGUAAAUGCAUUCACGUGGACUGUGACUGAUAAACUUGUAAAGAAGACAGAAGAACUGGAGCGUAAAUAUGACCAGAAAAAAGUACCCAUCUAUGAUAGAAGAAGUCUCGUCAUCAAUUCGAUCCCAGACUUUUGGCUGACCGCUUUCUUGAAGCAUCCUACACUCGGAACGCUGCUCACUCAGGAAGACCAGCAGAUAUUUCGUUACUUGGAUAGUAUUCACGUGGAGGAUCUAAAAUACCCGCAAAAAGGGUAUUGCAUUACGUUCAACUUCAAGAUCAACCCGUAUUUUGAAAACGAAACAUUAAGCAAGACCGUUGACUACACGGAUGAAGAUCUGGAGACAACGUGUACGACUAUAAGAUGGAAGGAGGGCAAGGCUCCUCCUGCUAUCUCUGCUAUCCCGGUGGAAGAAAGAGACAAGCGUCUGUUACCAUUUAUCACGAGGUAUUUCUUUUUUUCCACCCCUGUCUUUGAAUAA